AUGCGUUAUAGCAUGGAUGUUUCUGCUGAUGAAGUACAAGCUUUAGCUUCAUUGAUGACAUAUAAAUGUGCGGUUGUUGAUGUUCCAUUUGGUGGUGCUAAAGCUGGUGUCAAGAUUGAUCCACGCAAGUAUUCAGACUUUGAGCUUGAAAGAAUUACUCGAAGAUUUACCAUAGAAUUGGCUAAAAAGAGCUUUAUAGGUCCUGGUGUGGAUGUUCCUGCACCAGAUAUGGGUACGGGUGAGAGAGAAAUGAGUUGGAUGGCAGAUACAUAUGCUGAAACUAUUGGUUACAACGAUAUCAAUGCUUCUGCCUGUGUAACUGGUAAACCAAUUAGUCAAGGUGGCAUUCAUGGACGUGUCUCUGCUACUGGACGUGGUAUUUUUCAUGGCAUUGAAAACUUUUUACAUGAGGCAUCAUAUAUGAGUGCAAUCGGUACAACACCUGGAUUUGGCCAGAAGACAUAUAUUAUCCAGGGUUUUGGAAAUGUAGGUCUUCAUACAAUGCGAUAUUUGCAUCGUCAUGGUGCUAAAUGUAUAGGAGUUGCAGAAAUAGAUGGUAGCAUCUACAAUCCAGCUGGUAUUGAUCAGAGAGAGUUGGAAGACUAUAAAAUUGAGCAUGGUACAAUAGUUGGUUUUCCAAAUGCACAACCAUAUGAAGGCAACCUUUUGACAGAGAAGUGUCAUAUUUUAAUUCCUUGUGCUGCAGAAAAAGCGAUCACAUCAGAGGUUGCUCAGAAUUUGAAAUGUCGAAUUGUUGCGGAAGGCGCCAAUGGUCCAACAACUCCGGCAGCUGAACAAAUUCUUCUUGAUAGGAAUAUUCUUAUCAUUCCUGUGAGUGGUGUAACCGUGUCAUACUUUGAAUGGCUGAAGAAUCUGAAUCACGUCAGUUAUGGACGUCUUACAUUUAAAUAUGAAACAGAAUCAAAUUACGAUAUCUUAGAGAGUGUCCAAGAAAGCUUAGAACGUAAAUUUGGUCGGGACAGUGGUGGAAUUCCAAUCACACCUACUGAACAAUUCAGAAAGAAAAUAGCAGGUGCUAGUGAGGAAGAUAUUGUUCGAAAUGGUUUGGCACAAACUAUGGAAAAGUCAUCUAGGAAUAUUAUGCGAACUGCAAUGAAAUACAACCUUGGUCUUGACCUCCGUACUGCAGCAUUCAUACUCGCUAUCGAAAAGAUCUACACAUCAUAUAAAGAAGCCGGUCUUACUUUCACAUAAAAAAUUUUUGUUAAUUAUGUGCAUUAAUUAAUUUGUAUACAAACUAGCCAAUUUUCAGCUUUUCCAGUAAUAUCUCAAAUGCCACUCAACAAAUUUCAAUAAAACUUAGUACAUUGGUGCUCUUAGAUAAUUCUCAACCUAAUUAGUUCAAUGUUAAAAUCCUUGCAUAUUUAUUAGCUGAUUUGCAUAAAUUAGACAACUUUCUGAAUGACCGAAAACAGUACUCAUCUUCUAGUUUUAUUGGAUCUAUUACGUGACUUAUUUGGUAUGGUAUGAAUAACAGCCAGCAAUUGUGGGAAAUAUUUAAGGUAAUUGUUCAGAAUUAACAGGAAAUUUCUACGAGCCACAGCAAUCUGGCACGUAGGUGAAACUUUGUAAAUUCUCAAAAAGUAUUUAAAAAAUGAAAAUUAAACUUGCUAUCAUUCAGACUUGCUGAAAGUCAUUGAUAAUUGUAUGUUUUGUAAAUAUUUCCUACAAAUUUUCCCAAUUUUAACCAACUAUUUCACGUAAUAAUCCCAAUGACCACAUGAAGGAUCUCAGAAUGAAUUUAAAAUUACUGAAAUAUUGUCUGAUUAUGACAGUUAUAAAAGUUACCCACAUGUUGUUAAAAGUUUUUGUAGUGGCAGGUGAAAAAACUAAUGUCUUUAUGGUGUUCUCGCCAUAAUUUACAUAGUGUUAAUAAGAAGAUAGAAAUAAUAGUAAAUACGAGUAUUUAAUAGACUACUUAAACAGAAUAAUAACAAUUAUAUAUUUUUUAAUUGGGAGAAUUAUUUAUGGGUAGAUUGGCCUGGCCUUUGGAAUUCUAUUCUUUUGCAUAAUAAUUGCUUUUAAGAGUUCAUAUGUAAAGUCUGUCACUGAUAUUAAACUUCCAAGACUGGUCUAUUCUGCCCUCUGUAGUUAGCACUGUAUUUUCAUACAGGUGAAUGAUUGGCGUGAUUGUAAGCAGCCAACCAAUGAGAAAGCAGCUUUUGAUCCAGGAUGCCAGCAUAACUCUGACAUUCUUUGCGUAAGUGCACAUCAGUCUACUUUUUUGAAUAGUUCCAUAUCUGGGUUGCAUAUCACCACCACAGAAUAGAUUAGUCAUAACAAAAAAUUGGCAAGGCUAGUCUAUGUUAUGGGGAAAGUACAUGUAUAAAUAAUAAUCAAUAUAAAAAUGACAACCACUAUUGUAUUUUAUGAGAUCUCAUGUUAUCCAUGAAAGUGUGUGGACUGAAUGAUUGUUAGCUUUCACAAAGUUCUGAAAAGGGUCUAUGAUGUCUUGCAGCAUUCAUACAUUCCUAAUAAGUCAGUAUUAUUUUAUAAUUUUUACCAUUAUUUCUCAGGAUUUGUAUCCAUUAUUUGGGUAUUUAUUGGCUUUUAAUACAAGGGUUUGCAGGAAGUCCAAGAUGUGCUUGUUUUAUCCUGUAAUAUCUGCAACCCCAAAUGCAUGAGGAUUGAAAGCUUUGAACAGUGAUGUGUUAAUGAAACAAUGUAAGAUCUGAACAAAGCAAAAAAUAAAUUUUCUGCCCUUGAGUGUGUGCCACCACCAAAAUUGUGCCACCGCACAGCGCCCUCUAGUGACAAAUUGAUUAAAUGUGCAAAAUUUGUGUUCUGUCAAAUAUUUUUGCGAAAAAUAGAAAGAAAGCCCUAUUAAUGUUAUGUGGUGUAAUAAUGAUGUGUUUGUAAUGGUACUAUGUGUUAACUUUUUAAUGUAUCACUGCGGUAGACUCUUAAAACAACAGAAUGUCUUACUAUUGUAAGUAAUGGAGAUUCACUUUCCAAGGUAAUAAUUUUAUUAAUUCACUUUAUUAAAUAUGAAUAAUAUAUAAUAUAAAUUGCAAUAAAUGUGCUGUUUCAGCUUCCUUGUA